AUGGCCCAUGGGGUCGACCAGCUGUCCUGGGUGACACUUGCCCGGGUCCGAAGGCCUUCAGGGUCAACCAGCAGUCCCGGGCGACUCUUUCCCGUCUCCGAGGCCCCGCGUUGUGGACAAACUAUCCCGGUGUUCCCGGGCGACUCCUGUCCUGGUCCAAGGGCCCGCGGUUUCGACCAGCUGUCCCGGGUGACUUGCGACAUGGUCGGAGAUCCACGGGUUGACCAACCUUUCCAGACGACUCAGGCCCGUGCCCGAUAUCCCACGGUUUCGACCAGCAUCCAGGGGGACUCUGGACCAUGCCCGAGGGGGCUCCAGCCCGGCUCUGAGGGCCUGCGGAGUGGACCAGCUCUCCCGGGCCACUCGCGCUUGCGUCCUAAGGCAUGCGGGUUCGACCUGCUGUCCCAGGGGAAUCGGGGCCAGGUCAGAGGGCCUGAGGGUUCGACCAGCUGUCCCCGGGGACUCGGGCCCGUACCCGAUUUCCAGCAGGGUCGAUCAGCUUUCCCUGAUGCCUCGCGCAUGUGUCCGAGUGCCCGAGGGGAGGACCAGCAGUUCCAGGUUCUCGGGUUCCAGGGCACCCAAGGUCGACCCGAUGUCUUUGGCGACUCGGGCCCGGUUCCGAGGUCCCAUGGGGUCGAACAGGUUUCAAAGGCGACUCGGGCCUGUUACGGAGGCCCCACGGGUCAACCAGAUGUCCCGGGCAACUCUGGCCCAGCUCCAAGGGCCUGCGGUUUGGACCAGCUGUCCCGGGCCACUCGCACUUGCGUCCAAGGGCCCACGUGGUCGACCAGGUGUUGGGGGACUCGGGCCCUGGUCCGAAGCCCUGAGGGUUCGACCAGCUGUCACGGGGGACUCAAGCCCGUGCCCGAGGGAAAGUGGGGUCCAUCAGUUGUCCCCGGCAUCUUGGCCCUGGGUCUGAAGGCCCGUGUGUUCGACCAGCUCUCCCGUGCAACAGGCGCUUGGGUCCGAGUGCCCGGGGGUCGCCCAGCACUACCGUGUGACUCGUGCUUGUGUCCAAGAACCCGCGAGGUUGACCCGAUGUCUUUGGUGAUUCGUGCCCUGGUCCGAGGGCCCGCGGGUUCGACCUGGACGCCCGGGCACCUCGGGCCCAUGCCCAAGGCCCUGCAGAGUCAACGAGAUAUCCCGGUACGCGGGUUCGACCAGCUGUCCAGGGCGACUGGGGACCGGGGUCAACCAGCUGCUUGGGAAGUCUCGGGCCCGGGUGUGAGGGCCCGCGUGGUCGACCAGCAGUCCAGGGCCACUCACACUUACGUCCUAGAGUUCGUGGGGUCAACCAGCUGUCCAGGGCGACUGGGGCCCGGGCCCAAAAGCCCCUGGGGUCGACUAGCUGUCCCGGGUGACUCGGACCCGGGUCCAAGGUCCUGUGGAGUAGACAGGCUGUCCCGGGGGACUCAGGACCGUGGCGAUGCUCUCCCUGGCGACUCGCGCUUGGGACCGAGUGCCCGGGGGGUCGACCAGUGUUUCCGGGUGACUCGGGCCAUUGUCCGAGGGCCCAAGGCGUCGACCAGCUGUCCCAUGCGACUCGGGCCUGAGUCCGAGGUCCGGCGGGGUUGCCCAGCUGUCCCGCGCGGCUCGGGCCCGGUUCCAAGCGCCUGUGUUGUCGACCAUCUGUUCCGGCUGUCCCGGAAGACUCGAGACCUUGUCGGAGGUCCCGCGUUGUCGACCAGCUGUCCCAGGCGACUCAGGCCUGUGCGCGAGGGCCUACGGUGUCCACAGCUCUUCCGGGCGACUAGGACCGUGCCCGAGGGCCCGGGUGUUGAACCGCUGUCCCGGGCGACUCGCGAUUUGGUCCGAGGGCCCCGGGGGUCAACCAACUGUCCCCGGCGACUUGGGACGGUGCCCGAGGUCCCGCAGUGUCGACCAACCCUCCCAGCUGUCAUGGGCGACUGGGGACCGGGUCCGAAGGCCCUUGUGGUCGACCAGCUGUCCCGGGUGACUCGCGACCUCGUCGGAGGUCCACGGGUUGACCAGCCUUUCCGGACGACUCAGGCCCGUGCCCGAUAUCCCACGGUUUCAACCAGCAUCCAGGGGGACUCUGGACCAUGCCCGAGCUCUCCCUGGGACUCGCACUUGUGUCUGAGUGCCCGAGGGGUCUACCAGCCCUCCCGGGUGACUCGCGUUCGGGCUCCAGGGCCCGCGAGGUCGACCCGAUAUCUUUGGCGACUCGGGCCCAGUUCCGAGGGCCCGCGGGGUCGACCUGGUCUCAAAGGCGACUCGGGCCCGUGA